CUGCUCAGAUCGAGUGUCUGUUGGUUGGGGAAAAUCCAUCAAUUAGUAACUUGACAAAACUCAUUUUAAACAUGGGCUCUGAGGUAUCCGUUAAUACUUCCAGGACGCAUCUGGACUGGUAUGAAUCCUCUCUACAGACGCCCUGUGUCCUACCGGAUGUGAGCAUUGAUGAGACCAUGGUGAAGUUUGCCAGCCUCACCUCAAACAUGGAGCUCAGGCAAUACUCCAACCAGUUGGUCCAGAGCGUACCAGACUACAUUGACAGGCUGGGCUCACGUUUGGGUUCACUGAAUUCUGUCCCGAACGCUGUCGGACUUGGUGCACUGGUGAUUUAUUUGUUUAUGGACUUGAUCUUCAAGAGCAACGAGAAAAAGUCCGAAGUUGACGAAAUGUACACGAUGUUCAGACGCGUGUUUGCUGAAGAGAAGGCCUCGUCUGUCCGUGACACCAUGUCAGAGUACGUGGCUCGCCAUGGAGCAUACAUCCACAAUGACGUGCGUUUGCUGGAAGAACUGCAAAGAUUAGAAACGCAGCUAAGCAACCAUCUCACCAUCCUCAAAAACUCCCUGCUGUAUGACAACCAGAUGAGUUCCCGCGGGUUCAAAAUCUGGGCCAACGGAGCCGCCUUCCACCUACAGAUGGUGAUCCACCAGGCUCGACUGAAGAACCCUAGCGGUCAAGAAUAUUCAGACACUGUGAGAACAAUUAACCUGAUGAUUGACAGGUAUACGCAGAACUUAAAUGUUUUAAUGGAAAAAUUCAAGGCCUACAGAAUAAGUACAACUGAAAUAGUACCUCACAAACACGCUUCUUUUGGGGAAUAUGGAGCAAUGUUAUACCAAGUAGGAUGUGAAAUAAGAAGUAAGGAGAAUUACAACUGUCUUGCAAUUCACCAAACGGGGAUAAAAAAUAAUGAUCCUUGUGGACGUGGCGAUUUGGUUGAGGCUUAUGUAAACCAUAUUUUCUCAAAGUACCCUCUGGUUUCAAGCUUAACAGGUAAUUUUUCAGAUAUUAAGCAAAACCUUGAUGCUUUGCUCAAACAACACGAUGCAUUUAAUCCAGUAGACAUUGACAUCACCCCCAAAAAAUAAAAUUUUGACUUGCUCCCUGUAACAAUAGUGUACAGAGAAAUUCUUAAAAUGAAAUGGAAGUAUGCAGCCAAAAAGUUGUAAUAAAUAGGUGUCACAGAGAAAUAGAUCAAUCCUGUCAAAAACAACCCACACUCUUGAAGUUUGUCUAAAAAUCAAAGUGAUCAAAUGUCAAAUUAAAUAUCUUGAAAAUGAUUAUAAUGCACAGAAAAUGUUGAAGCAAAAAGGAUGGUAGCCUUCACUAUAUCAAAGCAGUUACAAAUUUGAGUAUUAAUAAUACUUAAAAAAUAAAAUAAACGUAAGGCUAACAAAAGCAAAAGUUUAGCCCAAAGCAAAAAAAAAAAAAAAAAUUUGAUGAUAACUGUCAUUUAUCUAAAAUGAAACAAACAUCAGUGCAAAUAAGACUGUAAAACAAAGAAACAAUGUCAAUAUUCUGUGUUGCUAUUUAUUAAGGGUGUGUACCAUCCUGGUCUAAGGGAACCAGGGACAACAUGCCUAAUGAAAGCCAACAUAAAAAUUUUCCACAGAGAAAAGAAACAAAAAUUAAAAUUACAGCAACUUAAAGAUGAACAAAUUCUCAACAUUUUACUUCUACUCUUUAUCUCAAACAGCCUCAAAGUAAAGACUUCUAUUUGUUUUCUCACUCUUUUCUCAGACAUCACUGCUCCAUGGCAGUGCCACAGUGUGGGUUAGAGAGGUGAGGAGGAAGCCCAGAACUUAUUUGAAUAAACCUUUUUAAACUGUACUAUCGUACGCAGCCCCUAAAGGCACAUGGGGGGAAAAAAGAAAAGAAACGUAACUCGUGCUCACGAGAAAGUAUAUCUAAGACAUUUUGCCACACAUACAUACAUACACGGUAAUACAUUAAAAAACAAAACAAUCAUGUACAGUACGUACGGUUGGGAAAUCUAAGAUACCGGCAUGUCAUGUGUGACAUAUGUACUGUAUAUAUGGUGAGCAUUUAAUUAAUGUAGGAUACCUCAGUUGGACACAGGAUGGAGAGGGACCGGUGUAUUUCGUGAUAACUUUCACAUAAUUACGUGAUGUCUGUAAAGCACACUUGUUUGCUUUGUACAUGAAAUUGGCUCUAUAAAUACAAUUGAAAUUAAUGAAAUGAAAAGGUGUCCCUUUAGGGGUUCCGUACUUUAGGGGCUCCGUACUACGGUAUACAAUAUAAGAUUUAUUUCCUUAUUUUAUAUUCUGUCAACCUGUUUAUCUAUGACGUGUUAAUAUAUAUAUAUAUAAAUCAAUUGAUUAAUUUUAUAGACAUUUUUAAGUCAUGUUAGGAGAUAGUAAACUUUGCUCGAUUUUAUUUCAUCUUUAUUGUUAACAUCAUUGUGGUGUCAAACCUAGGGCAAUAAAUUAAUAACUUUUUA